ACAACAGCGACCUAUGCCAGUUCGUUUGCCCUCGUUGUUUUAAGUUUUGAUCGUGCGGAAGCUGUGAUAAAUCCGCUUCGUUCGGCCAAGCAAAAAUGUUUUGGAGUAUUUCGCUCGCAAUAUCUCGCUAUUUGUGGAUGGAUUGCGGCCUUCCUCUGUGGCAUUCCGUGUCUACUGCUGGCUUAUAUUAUUGAAAAUAAAGAUGGGAGCAACUGCUAUCUCAACUUUAAAUAUGUUUCGCCCCGGGUCUACCUCACCAGCGUGGCCGUAACUGUCUUCAUUUUGCCAGCCUUCUUCAUUGCUCUUUGCCAUGUUCUGAUGGUUGCUCGCAUCUGGCAGGCAGCCGCCCGAAACCGAGAGCUGUCAAAUAGGGAGAAACCAAAGUUUCAUUUUAGUCACACCCCAGAAGCAGUAUAUCCGAAAAAUAGCCGGAGGCAAACCAUGGUCCAAGUGGAGGAUGCCGUGGAGGAUCAGAGUAAACGGAAAGAGAUCAAGUUUACUAAGAACACUGGUUGCAUCCCAAGAGCACGUGUAAAGACAGUGAAAAUGACGCUUGUAAUUGUUUCAGUUUAUAUCAUUUGCUGGUGCCCUUACAUGAUUUGGAACCUUUUGGUUACAUUCGGGGCAGUGGAUACAAGUCUACCAAAUUUUUCCAAAAUUUCACCGCUUAUUCAGCAUUUAGUGACAUUAAAUUCAUCCGCCAAUCCCUUGAUUUUCUGGAUAUUCAGUGCGCACACAAUCGUUUCAGAAAGAAGACGAAAUCGACGAAGUGUAGAAGUUGAGAUUGCUUCAUCCCUUCAUGAAAACCGGAUACAGUUGUUUACGGUUUUACAAAAUGUGAAGAUUAAAAUGUGA